AAUCCCACCGAUUUUUUCCCCGCUAAAAGAAGAAAAUCCAAUGGUUUGCGCGGGAAAAUUUCGAACUUUCUGAAAUUCCCACCUCCAAAAUUCGUAAAUUUCCUUUUGUUUCUCUCUCUCUGCUAAUCCCAAUUCUCUAUAUAACCCAGUUGUUCUCUCACCCAUGUUUCUGCACAGAACCUGUUCGACGAAAUUCCUUGGUUAGUUUCUUCUUCUAAAGAUGUACGUGGUGAAGCGAGAUGGGCGUCAAGAGGCAGUGCACUUCGACAAGAUCACUGCCCGUUUGAAGAAGCUUAGUUAUGGCCUUAGUAGUGACCACUGUGAUCCAGUUUUGGUGUCCCAGAAGGUCUGUGCUGGCGUUUACAAGGGCGUUACUACUAGCCAACUCGAUGAAUUGGCCGCCGAAACUGCCGCUGCUAUGACCGCCAACCAUCCGGACUAUGCAUCCUUGGCUGCAAGAAUUGCUGUUUCGAAUUUGCACAAGAACACAAAAAAGUCAUUUUCAGAAACUAUCAGAGAUAUGUACAACCAUGUCAGUGAAAGAUCAGGACAAAAGGCUUCUCUCAUUGCUGACGAUGUUUAUGAAGUAAUCAUGAAGAAUGCUGCUCGUUUGGAUAGUGAGAUCAUAUACGACCGUGACUUUGAUUAUGAUUUCUUUGGUUUCAAAACUCUGGAAAGAUCAUACCUCUUGAAAGUUCAGGGGAAGGUGGUGGAAAGGCCACAACACAUGUUAAUGAGGGUUGCUGUUGGUAUUCACAAGGAUGAUGUUGAUUCUGCUAUCAAAACAUACCACACUAUGUCUCAACGCUGGUUUACUCAUGCUUCUCCCACCCUAUUCAACUCUGGAACACCAAGACCCCAACUUAGCAGCUGUUUCCUUAUAUGCAUGAAGGAUGAUAGUAUAGAAGGCAUAUAUGAUACCUUAAAAGAGUGUGCUGUUAUUAGCAAAUCGGCUGGCGGCAUUGGUGUUUCCAUCCACAAUAUUCGCGCUAUGGGCAGUUAUAUUCGUGGAACAAAUGGCACCUCUAAUGGGAUUGUGCCUAUGCUGCGGGUUUUCAAUGAUACUGCUCGAUAUGUUGAUCAAGGAGGAGGCAAGAGGAAAGGUGCAUUUGCUGUAUACUUGGAGCCAUGGCAUGCAGAUGUAUUUGAGUUUUUGGAUCUUAGAAAGAACCAUGGAAAGGAGGAGCAUCGAGCUCGAGAUCUUUUUUAUGCUCUUUGGGUACCUGAUCUGUUCAUGGAAAGAGUCCAAAGUAAUGGAGAAUGGUCAUUGUUUUGUCCGAAUGAAGCCCCAGGUUUGGCUGAUUGCUGGGGUGAAGAAUUUGAGAAACUAUACGUUAGAUAUGAACAACAGGGAAAGGCCAAGAAGGUUGUCAAGGCACAGAAUCUUUGGUUUGAAAUCUUAAAAUCUCAGAUUGAGACUGGAACCCCUUACAUGCUAUUUAAGGAUACCUGUAACAGGAAAAGCAACCAGCAGAACCUUGGAACCAUUAAAUCCUCUAAUUUAUGUACAGAGAUUAUUGAAUAUACAAGCCCAACAGAGACGGCUGUGUGUAAUCUUUCUUCAAUUGCUCUACCUCGUUUUGUCAGAGAGAAGGGUGUUCCAAUGGAAUCUCACCCAUGUAAGCUUGUUGGCAGUAGAAGUUUCAAAAAUCGAUACUUCGAUUUUGACAAAUUAGCUGAGAUAACUGGUCUAGUGACAACAAAUCUGAACAAGAUAAUUGAUGUUAAUUACUAUCCCGUUGAGACUGCCAAAAGGUCUAAUCUUAGACACAGACCUAUUGGUAUUGGAGUUCAAGGUCUUGCGGAUACUUUCAUUCUAUUGGGCAUGCCAUUUGAUUCACCCGAGGCUCAACAAUUGAACAAAGAUAUAUUUGAGGCCAUAUACUACAAUGCUCUUAAAGCUUCUUGUGAGAUUGCUGCGGUGGAAGGCCCCUAUGAAACGUAUGCUGGCAGCCCUGUUAGUAAGGGAGUUCUUCAGCCUGACAUGUGGGGCGUAACUCCUUCAAAGCGAUGGGAUUGGGAUGCUCUCAGAGAACAAAUAUCAAAACAUGGGGUUAGAAAUUCACUUCUUGUGGCCCCAAUGCCAACUGCUUCUACCAGCCAGAUUCUUGGAAACAACGAGUGCUUUGAACCAUACACUUCUAACAUCUACAGCCGCAGAGUUCUAAGUGGUGAAUUUGUUGUUGUGAACAAGCAUCUCCUGCAUGACUUAACGGAGAUGGGUUUGUGGUCUCCUGCACUGAAGAACAAGAUCAUCUAUGAGAAUGGCUCUGUUCAAAAGAUUCAAGAAAUCCCUGAUGAUCUUAGAGCUAUUUACAAAACUGUCUGGGAGAUCAAGCAAAAGACAUUGGUUGACAUGGCUGUCGAUCGAGGAUGCUACAUCGACCAAAGUCAGAGUCUCAACAUUCACAUAGACCAACCAAAUUUUGGAAAACUCACUUCCUUGCACUUCUAUGCUUGGUCAAAGGGAUUGAAAACAGGAAUGUAUUAUCUACGAACACGAGCUGCAGCCGAUGCCAUCAAAUUUACGGUCGAUACAUCAAUGCUAAAGGAGGAAAAAGGUAAGGAGGAAGAUGAGAGUACAAAAAUGGCACAGAUGGUUUGUUCUCUAACAAAUCGUGAGGAGUGCAUGGCCUGUGGAAGUUAGACAUGGAUUUGAAGCUCCUGCUCGGAAAAGGAAUGAUUCAACUUCCUUAUUUUAACUGAAAAUGAAAUGUUUGGGUAGCUAAUAGUAUAAAUGUAAAAUCUCUGUACAGUUUUUUUUCAAUAAUCAUAAUUAUUUGUUGGGUAUUAA